AUGGUAUUGUCUGCGAAGCGUGGGAGUCCUCAGUUCAACGUACUCCACAGCACCCCGGUUCUAGUCGAUUUGAACACACCAAAUUAUAAAGAAAUGAUGAAUCCUUAUCAAACCUCCAACCGCCCUCUUCAAACUAUCUUGAGCGAUCCCUUCCCAUUACAGCGACAAGGCCCUGAUUCCUCGGCGGUGUACGGUUGCCAGAAUGCCGCAUCUCGUGUAGCCUGCGAGAAGGGCGGCGGACAGCCCAGGACGGCGGCAAGAGAACAUUUCCUCCUUCCACGCUUUAGUCCGGUUCCUGCGCGGGAUCUUUAA